UUCGUUAUCGCAUAUCAAAUCAAAGACCAAUAAAGCUUGCUUCUUUCUACAAAUACCAAAUCGUAAUUACUCACCAAGCAAUCAUUCGAACUCUGACGCAGCAGUCCGCCAAUCCACCACCUAAACGCGCGCGUACCACACAUCCGAACAGUGUCAAUGAAGACUAGGUAUAUGGAGAGAACAAACUCGAUGAAAGGUCGAGGGAAAAGGACCUUGGAUGGUGGCGGAGAUGAAGAGCAGGAGCCCGAGAGAAAAAGGCCUGCUUUAGCUAGUGUUAUUGUCGAAGCACUCAAGGUGGAUAGUCUCCAGAAGCUUUGUUCAUCCCUAGAACCAAUUCUCAGGAGAGUGGUUAGUGAAGAAGUGGAGCGAGCUUUGGCCAAGCUGGGUCCGGCUAUGCUGAAUGGGAGGUCAUCUCCUAAACGGAUUGAAGGGCCAGAUGGGAGAAAUCGGCAGCUUCACUUUAAAUCCAGACUUUCCCUUCCGCUGUUUACCGGGGCGAAAGUAGAGGGUGAGCAAGGUGCUGCUAUUCAUGUUGUACUAAUUGAUGCCAACACAGGGCAUGUUGUAACAUCUGGACCUGAAUCCACUGUGAAGCUGGACAUUGUUGUGCUAGAAGGUGACUUCAAUAAUGAAAAUGAGGAAGGCUGGACUCAGGAAGAGUUUGAAAGCCAUAUCGUGAAAGAACGUGAGGGAAAGAGGCCUCUUUUGACAGGGGAUUUACAAGUCACACUUAAGGAAGGUGUUGGAACUCUGGGUGAUCUUACAUUUACUGAUAACUCAAGUUGGAUACGGAGCAGGAAAUUCAGACUUGGUCUGAAACUUGCAUCAGGAUAUUGUGAGGGAAUGCGCAUUCGUGAAGCAAAGACAGAAGCUUUUACUGUCAAAGAUCAUCGAGGAGAAUUGUACAAGAAACAUUAUCCACCUGCUUUGAGUGAUGAGGUGUGGAGAUUGGAGAAGAUUGGCAAGGAUGGGUCAUUCCACAGAAGGCUCAAUAAUGAAGGGAUAUUUACCGUGGAGGAUUUCCUUCGACUUGUAGUCAGGGACUCUCAAAAGCUGAGGAAUAUACUUGGCAGUGGUAUGUCAAAUAAGAUGUGGGAGGCCCUCAUAGAACAUAGCAAGACUUGUGUUUUGAGUGGGAAGCUUUAUAUAUAUUAUCCUGACGAGACAAGAAAUGUUGGAGUGGUAUUUAACAAUAUCUACGAGCUGAGUGGUCUUAUAGCGGAUGAUCAAUAUUAUCCUGCUGAUUCACUUUCUGAUGGCCAGAAGGUAUAUGUGGACACUUGGGUGAAAAAAGCAUAUGAUAACUGGAGUCAAGUUGUGGAGUAUGAUGGAAAAUCACUGCUGAAUUUCAAUCAAAUGAAGAAGUCAAGCACAUUGACCGAUCCUCCUUUGAGUCAUACAUUAGUCAAUCAGAUUCCGCAGCAAAGAUUGCCAGCUUCAGUUCCCCCUGAGCCAUUAGUGGAUCAGACUGUACUAGCUGGAGGUUCAGGUUAUAACCAUGAUAUGACUGCAAGAUACGGAACCCCUUCCCAGCUUAUAAGUCCCGGUCCGCGCCCACAGUUUGAUGCAGCAUCAUUCACACCAAACGACCAUCAGGUUAGCCAACCCAACCAGUUCCAAAGUGAUGCAUAUGACCUUGCCCUCGGCCCUCCUCAGUCGACCUCAUCGUUCCAAGAAGGGAACUCUUCUCUUCAGCAAGCAUUACCUUUCGAGGACUGGCCCAGCUCCCGGGAGAAGGGUGGUCUUGACUUCUUGUCUGAGGAGGAAAUUCGUACAAGGAGUCAUGAGAUGCUCGAGAACGAAGACAUGCAACACUUGCUUCGGCUUUUCAGCAUGGGCGGCCAUGCCCCUGUUAACGGCCCAGAAGACGGGUUUGGCUUCCCUUCGUAUAUAACGUCGCCUUCUCCGGGAUUUAGCUACAAUGAGGACCAAAACCGUUCCGGAAAGGCCGUUGUAGGUUGGCUCAAGAUCAAAGCUGCAAUGAGAUGGGGCAUAUUCAUCAGGAAGAAAGCAGCUGAAAGGCGAGCUCAGAUUGUGGAGUUGGAAGAUUAGAAUAUCAGCAUCGCCUAACAACUCGUCUCCGCUGCCUGUGUCGCUCACCCUCCGUCUUACAGAACAUGCUUAGUAGGAACAUAUUUGAGACUGCGCCCGAAUUUAACUUUGAUGCUGUCUUUGUAUUAUUGUGUGACAGUGUCUCCUGUCCAGUGUGAAGUGAUUUGCUAGUAGCAUUUAGUAAACUUGAUUGUUUUCUCACUCUAGAACCUUAUUGCUGGAUAUAUUGCAUUCAAAUUUACUGGCUUUUAAAGUGCAAAUGUGUGGAUAUAAUAAUUACUCUGUUUUCA